AUAUGCUUUCAAGGCUCUUAGCUGUAUAAAGUUGAAAUUCAACAUGUGCACGCUAUCUAAAGAUAAGAAGAAAACAAGAUUAUCGCGACUGCAGGGCGACUUACUUGUGUUCAAUGUCCAAACGUCACGGACCCUCAAAAGUUACCUCCUUUUCAAAAGAAGCAAAGCUGUGCAUACUAAACUGUAGAAUCACUUUGAAUCCCUUUUCGUUUUGCUCUGUCUCUCCAAAUCGUUGCAGGUAUGUUUUCUUGAUAUAUGUCAGUGAUAUCCAGAUAUGGGAAAUGGGGAGUCAACAUAUGAUGAUUCUCAUGAUGACUUUCAGCUACAUCCACCUUCUCAUGCGAGAAGUUCAAUGGAUACUUACCAUCAACCAGAUAAUCCUCAUGAUGACUUUCAGCAUCAUCCUUCUUCUCAUGCAGGAAGUUCAGCGGAUACUUACCAUCAACCAUACGAUAAUCCUCAGGAUGACUUUCGUCACGAUCCUCCUUCUCAUGUAAAAAGUUCAAUGGAUACUUACCAUCGGUAUAAGCAGCACCCUACAUACAUAGCUGAUAACUUCAGCUCUUUGGAUCAGGUUAUAUCUGCAUUAAGAGAAGCUGGGCUUGAAUCGUCAAAUUUGAUACUUGGUAUUGACUUCACAAAGAGCAAUGAGUGGACAGGCAAGUAUUCAUUCAACAGGAAAAGCCUUCAUGCAAUUGGUAGCACACCUAAUCCAUAUGAGCAAGCAAUCUCCAUAAUUGGCCGCACUUUGUCUCCUUUCGAUGAAGAUAAUUUGAUACCUUGUUUUGGGUUUGGCGAUGCAACAACACAUGAUAAACAUGUGUUCAGCUUUUAUCCCGAUCAACGACAGUGUCAUGGUUUUGAGGAAGCACUGGCACGUUAUAGAGAGAUUGUUCCAUACUUAAAGCUGGCAGGUCCAACUUCAUUUGCCCCAAUAAUUGAUGCGGCAAUUGGCAUUGUGGAGAGAACCAAUGGGCAGUAUCAUGUUCUAGUCAUUAUUGCUGAUGGACUGGUUACCAGAAGUCUUGACACACCACCUGGAAGGUUCAGUCCACAAGAAAAAGCAACUGUAGACUCCAUAGUUGCUGCUAGAAGCAGCCAAUAUCCUCUCUCGAUCAUUUUGGUUGGAGUGGGGGAUGGACCGUGGGAUGCAAUGCAGCAAUUUGAUGAUAACAUUCCACAUCGGUCAUUUGACAAUUUCCAGUUUGUCAACUUCACAAAAGUCAUGACUGAGAACACAGAAGCAUCAAAGAAGGAAACAGCCUUUGCACUUGCUGCCCUCAUGGAAAUUCCAUUUCAGUACAGGGCAACGCAAAGACUAGUCAAUAGAGGGUCAGUGGCUGCUCCACAUACAAGACCUCUUCCGCCCCCACCUGAAGUGAUUGAUCAUGAUAAUGAAGUCAAAACAGUCCCAAUUAUGACGGACUUUAAACCAGUUGAGGCUUCAGCUCCAGUGGAACCAGUCUGCCCCAUUUGCCUGACAAAUCCGAAGAACCUUGCUUUUGGAUGUGGUCAUACGACUUGCAAGGAUUGCGGUAUGAACCUAUCAUUGUGCCCCAUGUGUCGGGAGCCCAUAACAACACGCCUGAGACUCUUUACUUGAUAACUUCCUCAGUAUUGAAUGCUUGAAUGUUUAUGAGGACAUUAAUAAAAGUCCUACAGCAACACUAACAUUGUUCUGUUGUUCAUAACUUUCCCAUUUGUAAAUUUUUAAAAUGUUAAAACUAUAUAGAACGGGCUGGGGAUGCUAUGUCAGAUUUUUAGAACCUUUUGUUCAUGAAUAAUUGAUCCUCUUUAAAGGUUAUAUAGAUGUUAAUUUUAUGUU